AAGUGAUCAAGGUAGAUUGAUUUGGCAUAAUACGCGGCUAGCCCCGUGGUCUGCAAGCCGGCGACUGGCUGACGUCUUCCUAUAUUCAAUCCAGUGCGCACAACUCGGCCUCAGCACGGCUAGAGUCAGCAAAAACCACUGAUCGACGGAUACCACUCUCCCUAGGCGAUGCUGCAGUUUCGCACACUAGCGCUGGCCCUCGCCGUCAGCAAUGCUCUCGUCGCACCGCCGCAGUGCGCGAAACACUCCGUAUCAGUUAGGAGUGACUACUUGGACUCCAUGGCGCCGCCCGCCGCCGCCGCGCCCGAGGAGGCCGCGCCUGAGGCCGAGGUGAUCGAGGAGCCGGCGCCGCCGGCGCCGAUGUCCCUCUCCGAGAGUGUGUUAGGAGAGUUCUCGGCACGAAGUGAAAGGAAUUUGGAGGUCGCUAGAUUGCAGACGCAGCUUGAAAGGUCUCAAUUGCGAAGGAAGCAGGUCGAGGAGGUCAUCGGCGAGGAGGUCGCCGCCCUACGGUUCCAACUCGAACGGGAAAUGGCCGCGGAACGGGACCGCGCCGCGUCGGCCGCGCAGCUCCAGCAGCAGCUCGCCGAUGCCAAAGCGCAAAAAAUGGAGCGGUGUCGGAGGGAGGAGCAGUUAUUGGUGCAGCUGCAAGAUGUCAGGCAGCGGACGUCCGAGGACGCCGUCGCCGCAUCUUUAGCUGCGGCCAUCGAGACGAAGGCUGGUUUAGUUGCCAUUGAACUUGUGUUAAUAGAGGACGUCGACGAGUGCUCCGGGCAGAUCAAGGUGGAACAGGACCAAAUAAAUGCGCGCAUCGAGGCCAUGGAGACGACGUUGGCGUCGUUGCCGGCGACGGACGACGGCGAAGCGUUGCGAUUGUACUCCUGGCAGCAGGUCGAGGCGCUGCAGGCCCAACUCGCCGAGUCGGCCAUCGCCAUCGCCGAGACCGAGGCUUCCGUGGCGGCCUUGCGUCAGCGCAUCAACGACGCCCUCGACCAGCGCGACGCUGUUUUAGGUGCGGCGCCGCUCGGUGCCGCGCAGCCCGUAGCACCUUCUGUGAAUGCGGGCCCGGCCGUGCCGCCUCCUUCGAGAAGCGCGGUCCAACAAAUAGACGUGGAGUCGCUCGACGACGCCGCGCUCAAGGACGCCGCCGCGUCGUCGGCCAAAGCCACGAUCAACGCCUUCCAGAACGUCGGGAAAUCUUUAUUAGCGUUCGCGGGCAACUUCCAGGCUUCUGCCGAUCGGGCCGAGGCCUCGAAAUUGCUGAGCGAGGCGACCAAUACCACGUCGGCUUUGACGCGCGAGCUCGCCGAUAGUGGAGAGGUCUCCCAGUCCGAGGCCGCGGCGAUCGCGCGCGACGCCGCGUCGUCGACGGGGCAGAUCGUCUCGAACCUGGGCGGCGCGGCGUCGUCGGCGGCGAAGGCGGCGUCGAACGCGGCCAAUGACGCCGAGGUCGGCGCCGCGCUCGGCGACGCCUUCACGGCGCUGGGGAACACGGUCGCGAGCGUCGGCGUCCUCGCCGGGCGCGCGGCGUCGGGCGCGGCGGGCGGCGACCUCAAGCUGCCCGACGCGCCGAAGCUGCCGGGAGACCUGAAGCUGCCUGAUUUACCAUUCCUGCCGGGGCAGAAGAACAAGGGGCCGCCGGGCGGCUUCGACGACUAGAGAGAUCCCACCAUCCCCCCUUGCCAAGAAUAUGAUAUAGGGUAACAAGCUGGGUUACUA